UAACACAAUCCAAGCCAACCUUCGUACAUCUUAAGCACAAUUUAAUUACAAGAUAGCAUCUAAAUUUUUAUAGAAAUACUCAAAUUAUAUUUGUUACAAUUUAAGGUUUAACUACCAAAAAUUCUUACAAUGAAACUCUUUCAGCGGUUCUUUUAUUUAUUGUAUUUUAUUUUAUUUGCAUUUUUAGCUUGUUUAAUUUUAUUUUAGUAUGGCAAAGUAUACAGUUGAUCCACUUUCAAUUAUAAAUCGGGUAAAGCAUAGUGACAGUUGAUCUAAAUAUGGGCACAUAAACCAAGUCUAGAAGAUUAUUUUGGUUUUUCUUGAUAAGUAAACCCAAGCAAAACAAACAAAAAAUAGAACAUACUGUAUAUAUAAAAAUGUAUGAUAUUCAUCUUUCUGAAAAAGUGCCAUAUAUAUAUAUAUAUAUAUAUAUAUAUAUUAUUAUUAUUAUUAUUAUUAUUAUUAUUGUGAUAGGUUCCUGAACUGCCAAUAUUAUGACCCCAGACCUUGGUUUAAGUGCCCUUAUGAAAUGACAAAAUGAGCAGGGACUGAAAAUGUUUGUCAGUGAAUCCUACUGUUGUAAUUAACAUGCUGAAAUCUACCUUCUAAUGUAAAGACUUGCUGUAGUAUCCCUCGCUUUUACACACGAGUUUUGCUAAAACUAUUAGGUCAUCUUCUCCUUUGAGGAUUGUUUUUGCGCUCGUUCAGCAACGUUUACAGUAACAAAGUAAGAUGAAUUUGUAUUAAAAGAACGAUCAAACAUGGUACUAUUGUUUUUGGAUCUUUCACUUUUUAUUUUGUCCCGUUCGAUGCAUGAGCAGUCCAGCAGGUGAACAUGAUCGUUCUUGAGUAUUUACUGUUGAGUGUAUUGCAGAUCUGCUUCCUCAAAUGAACAAAUUCUGUUUAGCACAAAACACACUAUUAUUUUCUCUGCAAAACGCUUUGAAAAUUGAGAGUAUUACUGAUUGGAACUCCCAUGUCAGUUUCUCCCAACUUGAACUGGUAUCCACUGGUGGAUAUUUUACAUCAGCAAGCACAAAACAUGUGACCUCAUCGUUAUGAUAUUUCUAAUGAGAGUCAGUAAAGGCCAUUGAUUUGUGAACUACAACCACUAAAUCUCAAUCAAUAUUUUCAGAGGAUGAGAAAACAUAUAGUAUGUUUUAAUAUUUAAAAGCACAAUACACGUACAGUCCUCAAAGGAGUAGCAUUGAGCUUUCUCACCUUAGGGGUUAAAGUUUCCUGGCUUGUUGUACUUUUAAAUCAUGUCACUGUUUUGUUAAUUAUCUUAAGUGCUAUUUAACAACAAAAACAGUAUUUUCAUUGCAUUUUUUGGCGAAUGUCAAAUGGAAAAAAAUGUAUUUGUGUUUUUCUGUGCUGUAAGAGCUGUUGUCAGUAGAUUAAUGUCAUUUUGUUUAGGAUUAUAAGAAUUAAAUAGUUUUAAGUAUUGUCUUGAGAAAAGCCAAAGUUAAUGCAUUUCAGUGGAAUAUGUAACAACGUUUGAGUGUGCUUUCUGUUGUUAAUAAUACAUUGGAUUCUCUUGUUUGAUGGAAUUUGAGUCAAAACAAGUGGGCUUUCCUAUUUCUACAACUGAUUGUACUUAUGCAUUUUGUACCAGUGGAACUUUUUAUACUGGAGAUUAAAGGAAAAAAAAUAUUGGACAUUUCUGUGGCUUACUCUUGUGGGCCAGAUUGUGACUGAUUUCCGAGUUUGAUUUCUGGUUGGUAUGAAGAAAGUUGGGCUUUGUUUUAAAGAAUUUUUUUGGAAGAACUUUGGCUUGUUUUUCUUUUUCUUUUUUUUCUUUUUUGCUAAUACAUAGUAAUAGAAGUUUGUCUAAAACAAAGCGGUAAGUUUCACUUUAAUUAUAUGUUGUGCAGUUACAUGAUAAGAUAGGGUUAGACGUAUUUAGUCACCUUCAGUGGAUAAAUGUAUUAGUUUAACAGCAAAAAAAAUAAAUAAUAAUAAUUAGGGUUUGCUUUUAGCUGUUUUAGAUCAACGUUUUUUCUGAUUCUCCUGUCUUCAUUGUGAACAUAACCGUGUAGUUGGAACAGUCCAACUUAUUUUUGUAACGUAUGUUAUUGUGUGAUGCAGUUUUUGCUUCUGUCUCCAAUAUUAAACCAUUUUUCCUAAUA